AAAAUAAAGAAGUCCCGUGCUCACUAAUCAUACGGUAUAAUUUGCCUAGCAGUAGGGCUAACUCUAAACAGCAUGAAAACCUUCGCAGGUGGCAGGCCCAGCCAGCAAAGAUUUCACUUUCAUUUUCCAAUUUACGUGAAUCUUGGAGCUUCGCUACUGUGAGCCACCGCAAAACAUCAAUAUGGCGCUCUUGUUCAAGCGACUAGCCAAGGUGCCGCCGAUCGCAUUGUCCCAGUAUUUUCGAUGCAAAUCGAGUAAGUCAAGCUUUGCCGGAUUUCGCUUCCCCUUUGGAGCUGUUGCGGCGGUGGCCGGUGGAGCCUCCUACUUUUACUUAUUCUCUUCGCCCAAUUUGGCAUAUUUGGAUGAAAUCAACGAAGAUCUAGGUCCUAAAACAGCUCUUAAUCCUAACCAGUGGAUUGAAUUUGAGCUGAAAGACAGAGCACCAGUCAGCCAUAAUACUCAUCUGUUCAGGUUUUCAUGCAAUCCUAGUGAAAAGCUGGGCCUGGAUGUUGCAUCAUGCAUCAUUACAAGAGCACCAAUUGGACAACAAGAUGCUGAAGGAAAACCAAAAUAUGUCAUCCGCCCUUAUACUCCUAUAUCAGAUCCUGAUACUAAGGGCUACUUUGACCUCUUAAUCAAGGUUUACCCAGAAGGAAAGAUGAGUCAACAUUUUGCAGGCUUAAAACCUGGAGACAAAGUAGAAGUCAAAGGGCCCAUCGAGAAACUUCGAUAUAGCCCAAAUAUGAAGAAACAAAUUGGCAUGAUUGCAGGGGGCAGUGGCAUAACCCCAAUGCUUCAGAUCAUUGAGGCCAUUCUAAAGAACCCUGAUGACAACACGCAGAUCUCAUUGGUGUAUGCUAAUGUGUCCCCUGAUGACAUACUUCUGAAGAAGAAGCUAGAUGUGCUUGCAGCUAUACAUCCAAACCUGAAGGUAUUCUACACUGUAGAUGAUCCAACAAAGGAUUGGAGAGGAGGCUCUGGUUAUAUUUCAAAGGACAUGGUUGUUAAAGGCUUGCCUUCCCCUAGUGAUGAUACACUCGUCCUUGUUUGUGGUCCUCCUGGGAUGAUGAAACAUGUAUCGGGAGAAAAGGAAAAAAGAGAACAAGGAGAGUUAAGCGGCAUACUCAAAGAAGUUGGAUUCACAGAAAGCAUGGUCUACAAGUUCUGAGAAUUAGUGGACACUAGAUGGUCUCAUUCUUGCAGUUUUCUCAAUAAAAAAAAUGAAAUUUGAACAAAUGCCCCCUGCCCCCACCCCCCGCACUUUUUACAGUAAAGAUUCAGGAGCCAGAAUGAUAGGCUAAUUAUGUAGCUCAGGCUACCUUGUUGAUGACCUGUCAAAAAAAAGAACGAAAACGUCAACUGCAAGUCUGCAUUCUGCAACUUAUGUAACUUGUUUGUGUUUGUCCAUUAAGGCACAAGAGUUACCUCGCACAUUCGAUGCUCGGUUGACCGGUUGCACUGUUAUGCAACAUUCACAAUCAACAACAAUGACUUAUAAUUAUGAUACUAAAUUGUGUUUUACUUUAAAAUUUAAUUUUAUAGACAACUUUUAUUGAAUUUAAGAGUUACAUUCAAU